UCUAUCAAUUUGUGAAGGAUAGCAAUAUAUCCACAAAGGACUGUAAGAAUACUGCUAGCCUAAGUAAUAUUCGUAAUAAUAUAAUUGGAAAACCUAGCAAUUUUCCAAGCCAUGAAGAUUUUCUUUUGAAGAAGUAUGAUGUUGAUAUUUCAAUAUCUCCAUGGCAGAAACAAGUGCCAUAUACUUUUGUACCAUUCUGUGAAAACGAUUAUUAUUUUCAUCAUAUUGAUCUCGAGUUUCAUGAAGCUGUAUAUCCAAUCAGAAUCUCUAUAUAUGAAGUAUAUAAUUUUGGGAACGUAACUGAAGUUUGGGCUCAAGAUUCUGAAGAUGAGGGUCGGUGGAUUUUAUUAUGGGAUGGACCGCCUCAAUUCUACAAACUUUGUCAACCAAAUUCUUUCAAACUUUUCACGUCGGAAUCACGGAUAUUUUCUCCAGCUUUACGGUCUUGUAACUUUAAAACCAAAAUGCUCAGACUACAGUUUAUAUCCAACUCUUGCACACAGCUAGAUGCUGUGAUGCUGAUCGGUACAUCAAAAUUGAUUUUUCCUAAAAAUCCUGAAGAUAAGAGUAUAACUAAUCUCUUACACCGCAUUCGGGCACAACGACAUUCUUGUUCAGAGAGAUUUUGUCCUAUUCGUUGUUCUGAAGAAUUCUCAAGAAUUGAAGAAGAACCAUUUUCUAUGGCCUACUACCUUUGGGGUUCCUGUAAAUUGUUUGACCCUUAUAAUACAACACGUGAUUAUGAAAAUGCAUACUUGGAUAUACUUGAUCUUCUAAAGGAAUUUCCUAAAUAUUGCGUUAUUUAUAAAAGCGACAUAGCAACGAAUUUUCACAAGAGCAAGCUCGCGCACAAUCAAGUAUUUUGGAAGGAAGAUGUGCCAUCUUCUAAGCAGGGAUAUGUGAAUCACCCUUUAUUAAGAAAUCAUUGGAAUUAUGUAAAAUUUAUAGAAGAUAUCAAACUCUCUUCGGGAGAAUCCAAGGAGCAACGUGACAGUUUUUCUACGCUUUCUGAUGAAAUAAUACUAAUGAUAUUAAAAUACUUGGAUAUAAGGUCGUUUUGCCGUAUGAGCAAAGUAAAUAAACGCCUCAAUAAUUUAACACAGGAUUCUUUUUUCUUCAAAUGUUUGAACUUACGAAAUUUAAAAAAAGUAUACUAUAAGGAUUCAUUCUUUUGUUAUAAUAAAAUUCUGUUUUAUUUUGCAUCCAAAUGUAAAUAUUUACAACAGUUGGAUUUUACAGAAAGCUGCAUUUCUGUUCCAAAUUUCGUAAACUUUCUUCAAAGUUGCAGCGAUUGUUUAACGCACUUACGAUUAAGUAGCUGCAGAUUUGUUGACGAAUUAUCUCUAUUAAACAUUUUAGAGAUAUGCAAAAAAUCGAAAAAUUUUCUCUUUAAAUGUUUGAACUUACGAAAUUUAAAAAAAGAAUACUCUAAGGAUUCAUCCUUCUGUUAUGAUAAAAUUCUGUUUUAUUUUGCAUCCAAAUGUAAAUAUUUACAACAGUUGGAUCUUACAAGAAGCUGCAUUUCUGCUACGGAUUUCGUAAACUUUCUUCAAAGUUGCGGCGAUUGUUUAACGCACUUACGAUUAAAAGACUGCGAAUUUGUUGACGAAUUAUGUCUAUUAAAAAUUUUAGAAAUAUGCAAAAAUUUGAAAGUAUUGGAUCUCAGUUAUUGUAUUUUUCUGGAGGGAAUAGACCAAAAAGUUUCGAGUUUCAAAAAUCUAGAAUUUCUAGAGAAAUUAGACCUUGAAGGCUCCCCUAUAAGAACUGAAUCUCUUUGCAAAAUACUGCAAAAAACUCGCCGGAUGCGUAACUUAAAUCUGCGCAUGCCUGGCUAUAUUGAUGAAGUCGAAUUACUAGAUUUAGACGCAAUUACAAUACAGUUAAAAAAUUCGUGUCCAGACUUGGAAAUAAUAAAUUUAUCGGGCUGCAGUAUUAUUACAUCGCGAGGUAUUCAUGCCCUCGCUGAAUGCAAGAAUUUACGAAAACUGACAAUGAUGGACAAGAAUGACAUGUACCCCGAAGAUCGCUCCACAAUCGAUAAGCAUAGUUUGAGUAGAUUGUUUUUCUCCUGUCAAUGCUUAGAAGAAGUCAAUUUGAGAAAUUCCGAUAUAAUUUUCAAUUACGAUGUCUAUGAAGAACUGACAAUGUGUAAAAACUUAAGACAAAUAUACUUGGGUUAUACGUCUAAUUUCGCAAUUCUCGAACAGUUUCCUAAACUGCAAACAAUCUAUGUUAUGCGCGCCGGGAACGCGUUCGACGACACACGUGAUAGUCAGACAUCAUUCGUUGCUCAGGUGAAGGAAAAAUAUCCACACGUGUCUAUCCUUGAAUAUCAAAAGGGAAUCAAAUAGGAUGAUAAGGAAUAUGAAGGUUGAUGAAUGUGAAGGAAAGUGGCUUCCUUACCGAUUUGUCUGAAAUUUAACAAUAUAUGUAUUUCGGCGUGUUGAAUUCGAAUGUAAAAGCUAAAAUCGUUGCUCUCAAGUAGAGCAAAAGUUAUAAAGUACUAAAAGUGACAAUUUUCGGGUUAAGAAAUGUUAUAUCGAUAAGGUACAUACAAGUACAUACAUGAGCAUCAGAGAAAGCGUACGCAUUGAUGUAAAAGUGCGCAAAAUUUGAAAUAAAUACGAGUUUUGAAAUAAUUCUUGUAUAUCUACAUAUAGUUUAAAAAAUUUAGAAGUAGG